AUGGCUAGCACGCAGGUGCCGCCUGCGUGUACGCCUCAUACCAAUCCCUAUGGGCUGCGCAUCUGCCAGACACCGUAUGCCGGGCGCAGUUUGUUUGCUACGAUACCCAUUUCUGCGAAUACCAUCAUUGAAAUCAGCCCCGUUCUCCUUUUUACGCCGCAGGAAUACACGGAGCAUGGGCAAUACACCGUAUUGGACUCGUACACAUUUGUAUGGGAGAAAAGCAGCACUGGUAAUACUAUGGCACUAGCUUUAGGUCUUGGAUCGCUCUUUAAUCACCAUCCUACGUCCGCCAAUGUAUCCUACGAGCUGGAUCGAAGUACGCAGUCGAUCAAGUAUCGCACUGUCCGUGCGAUCGACGCUGGCGAAGAGCUCUUCAUCUGCUAUGGCGCUGGUCGCAUGUGGUGGGAGUCUCCGUCCAACGAUGCUAUGCCUACGACGCCCAUGACUGAGGAGCAUGAGCUCGCGCUCUUUGGCCAGCUGGGUGCUGAGUCCGAGGAAGAAGCCCAUCGUGCGCCGGUUGACCCUUCGUAUCCUGCACCGCUAUGGCGUGUCACAUCCUCACCAGAUCCCAAAACAAUGCCGUUAGAAACCUCUGUGGCAUGGGCGAUGGAUGUACCGCCCAAGGCAUGUUCCACUGUCGUGCGGCUCUUGCAAGGGGCCGUGAAGAAUGGCACGUUGAAGGCAGGGGAUGCGCAUCCCAUCUACUCUUUGCGGCACCUUAGGACGUUUCGCAAAGCGAGGGAAGUGACCAAGAUGCUUGAUGGCGUCCCUGUUUUGUCGCAUGACUCGUCGGACGCCUUGUCAAUGCUCCUGGCCUUGACGUCCGCUCAUUCCAAAAGCGAGCUGCUUUCUCUCUUGCAUACCAUCCUAGCGGACAUGGACUUGCCUAUGAACCUGUACCAGGUGCGUGUUCCCUCAGGCCCUGCGCCUAUGCGUGACCGUUUGGCAGAAUGGUCUGCAGUGUGGCCUUGUGUCUUUUUGCCGCCAGGCGCCGGCCUUUCAACCAAGCAGGGCAUUCCCGGCAGCGAUGCAGCGCGAGCGACGGUGCCUGUGGAUCGCGCGGAGGAUGCGCGUAGGUGGUCCGAUGCUCGUGCUGUGGGGCGGAUCCGCGAUGGAUUUGCAAGGUGCUUACGUACCGCUUCACUGGCGGCGCAGGCAGGAGAAGUAGGCGUCGGCGUCUAUGUCACGUCGCUAGCCAACGACGAGGAGGCCAUUCAUGUCGACGCCUUUGAUACCCGCGUACGUGAUAACCACCCUCUGCGUCAUGCCAUCCCCAAUGCGGUCCGCCAAGUGGCUGCCAUUCGCGCUCAGCAACGUGCCAACGACGAUGCCAAGGAGGCGGUGAAUGGCCAAGAUUACUUGCUGACAGGUCUUUCGCUGUUUAUUACGCACGAGCCGUGUGUCUACUGUGCCAUGGCCCUCGUCCACUCACGUGUUCGCGAGGUGUUUUUCCUGUACCCAUCGCCUGGCACAGGAGGGUUCUGUGGGGCUGCCAAGGACGCCUAUGCUACAUGCGAAGGCGUGCACGAUGGCGGUCCCUACGCGAUCCACGAGCAAAGUGGCCUCAAUCACCAAUACCAUGGGUCGACGGUGUCUGAUGGCCGACGGGACCGCCGAGUGUAG